AUGAAUAUUGGAUAUAUUACUGUCGAGCUUGUGACUACCUUCAUGGUUCUUAGCGGUAAUAGUCGGUUGGCUUUUUUCAGAGCAAGUCAUUCGGCAUAUUGGUGGUGGGGCUAUUGGGUUGUUAGUUGA